AUGGCAUCGUAUGGCCCCACUUCCGCACGGAGAAUGCGAGUCGUGUUCGAGAACGAUUCCACCAUUCGAAAAAACACACGACCAUUCCGAUUCCCAGAAUCCUUGGAGGCCAGAGUGUUUAGUGAGUGUGAUAAGUAUUGGAUUUUGAUGAGCCGGAUGCCUGGAAUUAGUUUAGAUAAAGCGUGGUCGGGCAUGAGCGAGGACGCGCGGAGGGUGACUCUCAGCCAGCUGAAGUCCUAUUUCAAGCAGCUACACAGGUUAUUACCCCCAAAAUUCUGGCUGGAUUGGAUCAUGCACGGGGAACAGCUGCCUAUGACCACCGGUUGA